AUGCCACACGCUAUCCAAUCAUCCGAUAUUCUUGACCGGGCUCUCUGUAACGAGUCACUUGCUGCUGACACAGAUCCAAAACCAGCCCACAAAUGGCGAGCUUCUGUAGGCAUCAGGGACCGCCUCAUCGUCGCUCUUCGCGUGCUUGUGGUAACCGCGCACUUCCUCUCGCUCAUCACCGUCGCCAACGCUAUCGUGCCGACAUGCGCCAGCCUCGCAGCUCAAGGUAGAUGUAUUUGCCACCUCCCCUCCCCUUUUCGUUUUUUUUUUAUUUUCCCUCCCCUUAUUGGAAUCUCCUCAUUCAUCUCCUCCACCCUCCCUUCCUCUUCCCCCCACGCCAUCUCUCCCCACCGCCCCACCCUCCCACCUCCUAUCUCCCACCCCUUCACCCCCCACCUCCCAGCUCCCUCUUUGAACCUCCUGCGCAAUGCGGGCUUCGAGGAAGUUUCCGACGCAGCAGACUGGCCCUCGCCCCUGUCGUCCUGGGUGCCGCUCGUAGCACAGCAGCAAGGGCAGAUGGCGGAGGGGGUACAGGGGGCGGGGGAGGGGGGAGGGGGAGGGGAGGUUCCCCCCGGGGACCCGUCCGUUGCUGCUGAGGGCGGUCGGUUCGUUCGCCUGCAGCCCAGCGACGGCAGUGGUGGCACCGGUGGCGAGCUUUGGGGCAGCGGGGCGAGCGAGAGUGAAGGGGCAGUGUGGCCGGUGCAGGGACUGGGGCAGCUGCUGUGUGUCGCGGAAGGGGGAGAGCAGCUGCAGCAGCAGCAGCAGCAGCAGCAGGAGCAAGAUUAUUCGCUGUAUUUCUAUGCAAGGGCGCGCGAGUGCAUGAUGGAUAUGUCUCUUGCCGCUGGAGUGCGGCCGAUGCGAGCCAUGGUUGUCGCCAUGCCCCUGCCAUCGCCACCACUAGCCAAUGUCGCCAGCAGCAACGGCGGUGGCAGCGGCAGCAGCAGCAGCAGCACUGUGGACGAGGGCGAGCUAGCCAGGGCGCUAGCAGCCGAUAUGAGCAGCGGAGGAGCAGACAUGAUGGUGCUGCAUCAAUGGACCAUCGGCGUUCCCUGCCGCAACAACUCCUUCUCUCUCUCUGGCCUGCUGCCCUGGCGCCAACACGGGCCCUUCUCCUUCCACCUCCCACCCUCCUCCGCCUCCGCCGCUGCUCUAUCCUUCCCACCGCAAGGCGUUGCGCUGCACCUCGUGCUGCUGGAGGGAAAGGAGGCGGACAGCGGCAGCGGCAGCACGUCGUCUGAUGGCUCCGGGGAACAGCCUGUUCCCAUUGACGUGCCCGUUCCCUUACCUACCACCGUGCCUGGGGGUGCUUCCGUGCCUGGGGGUGCGACUGUAGCAUCAACAGAAGCGGUGGAAGGCGGGUCACUGACGUCGGCGGCAGCGGCAGCGGGGAGCAUCGAUGUGGAUCUGAUCACGGUGGCUCCCAGAGGCACAGGUGCGCACAGAGGCACAGGUGCGCCCAGAGGCACAGGUGCGCCCAGAGGCACAGGUGCGCCCAGAGGCACAGGUGCGCACAGAGGCACAGGUGCGCCCAGAGGCACAGGUGCGCACAGAGGCACAGGUGCGCCCAGAGGCACAGGUGCGCCCAGAGGCACAGGUGCGCACAGAGGCACAGGUGCGCACAGAGGCACAGGUGCGCCCAGAGGCACAGGUGCGCUCAGAGGCACAGGUGCGCCCAGAGGCACAGGUGCGCUCAGAGGCACAGGUGCGCUCAGAGGCACAGGUGCGCUCAGAGGCACAGGUGCGCUCAGAGGCACAGGUGCGCUCAGAGGCACAGGUGCGCUCAGAGACACAGCGGCCUAUGCCCCUCCAUCCUUCUCCUACUCCCCAUCAAGCCCCUCCUCUCCCCUCCUCACCUCCGGAUCGGCCCGCCUCCUCCCCUCCUCGCUGCGCCUCACCCCCCUCUCUCCCCCCCACCAAGCGGGCCUUGCCCUACACCCCACGCCCUUCCCCCUCGUCUCCCCCACCUCCCCCACUUCCCCCUGCCGCCCCUACUCUUUCUCCUCCUCCUUCUCCUUCCGCCUCUCCUCCCCCCAAUCCGCUGCUGCUCUCGGGGCCGACGGCUUUGCUUUCGUUCUCCUGCCCGACCCAACCCUCGGGCUGCCCGGGCCAAACAUGGGAUACGGCAGGAGGCCUUACCGGCAGGAGGAGAUGUUUGUGGAGUUGGAAGGGGGGGAACAACAAUUGUGUGAGGUGGAGAACGGGGCCGUUACAUGCACCACGAUUGGCGGCAGCAGCGGCAGUGGCGUCACCCUCAACAGCAGCCUGCCACAUCAGCACAGCCUGGCAGUGGAGUUUGACACGUCAUCAACCCGUCUGUUUUCGGACCCAACGGUGCACCACGUGGGGAUCAACGUGGAUUACAGCAUGACGUCAGCAGGCCAUGCGUCCGUGCACCCCACGGGCAUGGCCUCGCUGGGCGGCAACAAGAACGAGAACGAGACGCUGCAUGCGUGGGUGGCGUACAACGCCACCGCCUCGCUGCUCUCCGUGUGCCUCUCCUCCUCGCCCGCCAUGCCCCCCUCCGCCCUCCUCUCCCUCCCCUUCAAUACCUGUGACCUUUUUCACAUUGCUCCGAAGGAGGACGGCGGGGGAGGGGAGGCCGUGUUGGUACAUGCGGGGUUUGCAGCCGGCACGGGGUUGCUGCCGCUGCACACUCAGACGCACGACAUCCUCUCCUGGACCUUCCAGGUCGACACGCAAGUGUUGGAUGUGUUGGUGCCGUCAUCUCUCCUAUCCCCUCCUGGCUCUCCUCUUCCCACUCCUCUCUCCCCUCCCCUCCCACCUCUCUGUGCUGCCCGGCUCACUUUCCCUCAUCUCCCUCCUACUUACCUCCCAAACCCUUCAACCAUUCCAGCGCCGGCGCCUCUCCCCGUGUGGCAGCAGCCGUCGCUCGCCUUGCCCUUCCUCACGCCAGGCGCGCCCUUCACUGCCUCGGGUGCAGCUCGCCUCGCCAUCUCCGCGCUGCAGCUCACCCCGGGCAACCAGGAGGAGGAGUCAGGCGCCGCCUUCUUCAACCUCCCCCUGCCCCUGCUCUCGCUCCUCCCACCUCCUCCCCCCCGCAAGGGGAGGAACAAGGGCGGAAAGACUGAUGCACUGGUGUGCAAGGCUCUGUCCUUCACCUCGUGGUUUGCGUUUAAUCUCAAGGGAAAAGAGACGAAUGGGUUUGGGGUGGUUUUUGUGCCAAGUACUCGGCCAGGGGUGGGUCAAGGCGGGACGGGCAUGGGAUACGGCCGGGACGCGGACGAGAGGGGUGCGAAUGGGACGUGGGCAGAUGGAGGGAGGAGUGUGGCGGUGAUGUUUGAUGCCUUUAGCGGCAUUGACCCUAACUAUGCCAUUUACAAGGAUGUGGCGAUUCUCUCCAUUCACACUGACUUUAACGUGACACGGCGGCUGGCUUUUUCGUCUCAGAAGAAAUACACUUCAUCCUCGUUAUACAGCAUGAGGGUGGACUAUACGGCUGCCACUAAGACUCUAGAGGCAGUGACUUAUAAAGGGGCAACGAGGAUGGGGAGUGUGAAGCUGACGCUGGACCUGUGCUCUGUGUUCUACGAUGGCAAUAGCAGCACUGAGGGAGUGACUCCGGUGUUUGCUGGGUUCAGCAGUGCCAGCACGCACGCAUGUGUUCAGUCCAUCAAAGCGUGGACCUUCCGUUUCACAGGUGCGUAUGAACGGUUCGACGUCAGCCCGUGCACGGCAUGGGACGUGGACCCAUGCGGUGCUGGCAGGUGCAUUGCGGUGCAGUCAGCAGCCACAGGCACAUACAGCAGCACGUGCUCGUGCCCUCUCACCCAGCCCAGCUACAAGCUCCCCCAAAUGCCCGCCUUCCAAACGUGCUUCAACGAGUUCCCCGCAUGUCGCCUUAACAGCACUGACACGUGUGCACCCGGCGUGUGCCUGGAGGGCUAUGAUGCCUCCUCCUUCUGCCUCUGCCCGCCCGCCUUCUUCCCCCUCGACUACUCUAACCCCCUCAAGCAACCCUGUAACCAAGUGCACUCCUGUGCAUUGAGUGCACUCCUGCGCAUUGAGCCCGGCGGCCUCACUUGCCCUCCGCUCCAAAGCCUUGAGCUCUGUGCUUCUCAACUUUCCGCCCUCUUGCCUCACUCUCCUCUCUCCCCUUCCCCCCCUCUUCCCCUCUUUCCCCCUUACCCCCUUCUCCACCUGCCCUCUGUCCAUCAGUUAGCAAGUCCACUGCUCUCUCUCCACUUCCCCCCCUUUCCCCUUCGGCCCUCUCUUCCCUUUUGUCCAAUGUCCCCCUCUUUCCCCUUCGGCCCUCUCUUCCCUUUUGUCCAAUGUCCCCAUCUUUCCCCUUUGGCCCUCUCUUCCCUUUUGUCCAAUGUCCCCCUCUUUCCCCUUUGGCCCUCUCUUCCCUUUUGUCCAAUGUCCCCCUCUUUCCCCUUUGGCCCUCUCGUCCCUUUUGUCCAAUGUCCCCCUCUUUCCCCUUUGGCCCUCUCGUCCCUUCUGUCCAAUGUCCCCCUCUUUCCUCUUUCUUUCUCCAUAAUCCCCCUCUGCCCUCUGUCCCUCUGGCUUUCCCCCUUUUCCCCUCCUCCCCCGUUCCCCCUUUCCACCUGCCCUCUAUCCACCAGUGAGCAAGGCCGCUACUCGAGUGCCAUUCUUCCCAGCACCCCCCGGCCUCACAUGCCCUCUGCUGCUCGACAUCUUUGA